UCCCCAAAACCCCCUUCUAUCUUCUUCUAAUAUAUAUAAUAUAAAGCUACUGCUAGGGUUUACCGCUUUGUAACCCCCUCCCAAACAACACAAAACAAUAAAUGGCAGCAUCAUCACCACCCGCCGCCGAUCCCACACAUUCCGAUUCCGACAAGGAAACCACCACAAAUUCUGAACUUAAUCUCACUUCUUCAGAUGCCUUAGCUAUUUCCGCCCAAUCCAGUCCACCAUUAGUCUGUCUUUUCAGGUUUGUCGGUGACUCUGCCGCCGGUGCAGCUAUGGGUUCUGUUUUCGGUUAUGGUUCUGGCCUGAUUAAGAAGCAAGGGUUCAAAGGCUCCUUUGGUGAGGCAGCAUCAUCUGCUAGGACUUUUGCAGUUCUGUCUGGAGUUCAUAGCUUGGUUGUUUGUUUCCUAAAGAGGAUCCGGGGGAAAGAUGACGUCAUUAAUGCAGGCGUAGCUGGAUGCUGUACUGGUCUUGCUCUAAGUUUUCCAGGUGCACCCCAGGCUCUUCUGCAGAGCUGUGUCACAUUUGGGGCUUUUUCCUUCAUUAUUGAAGGCCUCAACAAAAAACAGACAGCAAUGGCCCAUUCAUUUUCAUCCCAAUCGAUAAGAGGUCUUGAACAUGGAGUACUCUCUCCAUUGAGUUUUCCCCUUCCCAAUGAACUCAAAGAGUCGUUUUCUUCCUUCUGUAAAGCCAUUGACCCACGUAACGAAGCCAGCUUACGUCGUGGCUCAUGCUAAUCAAGACAUAAGGUUAUAGGUUCUCUUACAUACCCUCUAGAAAUUGUGUGCAUGCACUGUCCUUUUGUAAAUUUACAGUGACAUACUUUCUGUUUUCCGCGAGAGUAUCAUGUAGUUGAUUACAAGGCUGUUUUUUGGCAAUCAAAAUACCAACCGUGAAUGUCAUAACAAGCUUCUCUUUGCCUUUA